CUGAUUUGCCAUUCAAGUGAACCCUGGAGGGAUUAGCAGCCAGCCUAGCACUUGGGUGAGACCAUCUCCCCCUCCGGGGGGAGCCCUAGAGGCAGCACAGAGGUUCUGUGAAAAUCUGCCAUCCUCCUUGCAGAAGGUUGCCCUCUCUCGCCCUCCAUCCCCCCCUGCCCUGCUUGCUGACUUAAGCAGAUCAGCUUUCAGCUCUCUGGCAUUCAGAGACGUCUUUGCAUAAAAGAAAAGGCCCUUCCUUAAGGAGCAGAGCGGGAAUCCAAGCAUGGCUCUGGCCUGCUGCAUGCCCAAGAAUGCAGCCGUCUCCAACCUGGACAUCGAGAGUAAGCUGAGUGUGUACUACCGCGCCCCGUGGCACCAGCAGCGCAACAUCUUCCUCCCGGCCACAAGGCCACCCUGCGUGGAGGAGCUGCACCGCCAUGCCCGGCAGAGCCUGCAAGCCCUGCGCAGAGAACACCGGAGCCGGAGCGAUCGCCGAGAGCAAAGAGCAGCUGCCCCCCUUUCCAUUGCAGCUCCUCCACUGCCAGCCUACCCUCCAGCUCACAGCCAGAGGAGGCGUGAGGUUAAGGACCGUCACUUUUUAACGUUUAACAGCACCCGUUCGCCCUCCCCCACUGAGUGUUGCCACAUGACCCCAUGGAGUAGAAAGUCCCAUCCCCCAGAGGAUGAAGAUACAGAUGUCAUGUUAGGGCAGAGGCCGAAAAACCCAAUACACAAUAUCCCUUCUACACUGGACAAGCAGACCAACUGGAGCAAAGCACUACCUCUCCCAACGCCAGAGGAGAAGAUGAAACAAGAUGCCCAAGUGAUUUCUUCUUGCAUUAUUCCCAUCAAUGUCACUGGAGUUGGCUUUGACAGAGAAGCUAGUAUACGCUGCUCUCUGGUUCAUUCACAAUCGGUACUACAGCGGAGACGAAAAUUGAGGAGGAGGAAAACCAUCUCGGGUAUUCCCAGAAGAGUUCAACAAGAAAUAGAUUCUGAUGAAUCACCAGUGGCCAGGGAAAGGAAUGUGAUUGUGCACACAAACCCAGACCCCUCCAACACUGUCAAUAGGAGAUCCGGAACCAGGGACUCUGAGUGCCAAACCGAGGAUAUUCUGAUUGCUGCCCCAUCCAGAAGGAGAAUCAGAGCUCAAAGGGGUCAAAGCAUUGCAGCUUCCCUUUCUCAUUCUGCUGGCAACAUUUCUGCCCUAGCAGACAAAGGUGACACCAUGUUUACUCCUGCAGCGAGCAGCCGCACAAGAUCUCGGAGCCUUCCCCGGGAAGGUAAUAGAGGUGGGGAUGCUGAGCUCAAAGUUGGUGCUAAACCCUCAGCAUAUGAAGAGGGAGAGUCUUUUGUGGGUGACCAUGAAAGAACCCCUAAUGAUUGCAGUGAGGCUCCAAGCAGCCCGAGUGCCCAGGACCACCAGCCUACUUUGGGCCUAGCCUGCUCUCAACAUCUCCACAGCCCCCAGCACAAAUUAAGUGAGAGGGGAAGGUCACGUCUGUCCCGAAUGGCUGCUGACUCCGGCAGCUGUGACAUCUCCUCCAACUCAGACACGUUUGGGAGCCCCAUCCACUGCAUCUCCACGGCUGGUGUCCUCCUUAGCAGCCACAUGGACCAGAAAGAUGACCACCAGUCAUCCAGCGGCAACUGGAGUGGAAGCAGCUCCACAUGCCCCUCACAGACCUCAGAAACCAUCCCUCCUGCAGCUUCUCCUCCACUUACUGGCUCUUCGCACUGUGACUCGGAGUUGUCACUAAACACAGCCCCUCAUGCCAAUGAGGAUGCCAGUGUUUUCAUGACAGAACAAUACAAUGACCACUUGGAUAAAGUGAGAGGCCAUCGGGCAAACUCCUUUACCUCCACUGUUGUAGACCUGCUGGAUGAUCCCAACAACAGCAACACAAGUGACAGUGAGUGGAAUUACCUUCACCACCACCAUGAUGCCUCCUGCCGCCAGGAUUUUAGUCCUGAGCAUCCCAAGGCAGACAGCCUGGGCUGCCCAAGCUUCACAAGCGUGGCCACUUAUGACAGCUUUCUGGAAAAGUCUCCAUCAGAUAAAGCGGACACUAGCUCUCACUUUUCAAUAGACACGGAAGGAUACUAUACAUCCAUGCACUUUGACUGUGGUCUCAAAGGUAGUAAGAGCUAUGUCUGUCACUAUGCAGCCCUGGGCCCAGAGAAUGGCCAGGGUGUAGGGCCUUCCCCUGGUCUUCCAGAUUGUGCCUGGCAGGACUACUUAGACCACAAGAGGCAGGGAAGACCAAGCAUCUCUUUCAGGAAACCAAAGGCAAAGCCGACUCCACCUAAACGUAGCUCAUCAUUGAGGAAGUCUGAUGGAAACGCAGAUAUUUCUGAGAAGAAAGAACCAAAGAUAAGCAGUGGUCAGCACCUGCCUCACAGUUCCAGGGAAAUGAAGCUGCCUCUUGAUUUUGCCAACACGCCUUCUCGAAUGGAAAAUGCCAGUCUUCCCACCAAGCAGGAACCUUCUUGGAUAAACCAGAGUGAACAUGACAUUAAGGAACCUCAGUUAGACACUUCGGAUAUCCCACCAUUCAAAGAUGAAGGUGCCGAAUCCACGCACUAUGCAGACCUCUGGCUCCUAAAUGACUUGAAAACAAAUGAUCCUUAUAGAUCUCUAUCUAAUUCAAGCACCGCUACGGGUACCACAGUCAUUGAAUGCAUCAAAUCUCCAGAGAGCUCUGAAUCCCAAACAUCGCAAUCAGAAUCAAGAGCCACUACCCCAUCUCUUCCUUCUGUUGACAAUGAGUUUAAACUGGCUUCACCAGAAAAGCUGGCUGGCUUGGCAUCUCCAUCAAGUGGCUACUCAAGCCAGUCUGAAACGCCAACAUCCUCUUUCCCUACAGCUUUCUUUUCAGGUCCAUUGUCUCCCGGAGGUAGCAAAAGAAAACCUAAAGUCCCAGAAAGAAAAUCCUCACUACAGCAACCCUCUUUAAAAGAUGGAACUAUAUCACUGAGUAAAGACCUUGAACUUCCAAUUAUACCUCCUACCCAUCUUGAUCUAAGUGCUCUUCAUAAUGUCUUGAACAAACCAUUCCACCACCGUCAUCCAUUGCAUGUUUUUACUCAUAAUAAGCAGAACACAGUAGGAGAAACACUGAGGUCAAAUCCUCCACCGUCCCUUGCAAUUACACCAACGAUCCUGAAAUCUGUUAACCUUAGGUCCAUUAACAAGUCUGAAGAAGUUAAGCAAAAAGAAGAAAAUAAUACAGAUCUCCCUUAUUUAGAGGAAAGCACACUCACAACGGCUGCCUUGUCUCCGGGUAAGAUUAGGCCGCAUACAGCAAAUAAAUCAGUAUCUCGUCAGUACUCCACUGAAGACACCAUACUGUCCUUUUUAGACUCUUCUGCAGUUGAGAUAGGACCAGCUAAACUACAUUUAGAAAAAAAUCCUACUUUUGAUGUGAAGAAUCGCUGCGAUCCAGAAACUAUAACCUCAGCUGGUAGCAGUCUUCUAGAUUCAAAUGUCACAAAAGACCAAGUGCAUACAGAGACUGAGCCUAUUGCAGAAAACACACCAUCCAAAAACUGUGCAUUUCCCACAGAAGGAUUUCAAAGGGUCUCUGCUGCCCGCCCAAAUGAUUUGGAUGGUAAAAUAAUACAAUAUGGAGCUGGUUCAGAUGAAACCCUAGAACAGGUACAGAAGGCACACUCUGCAGGUGGGGAGGAAGUUGCACAACCUGAAUCUGUGGAUGUAAUCACAUCUCAGUCAAACUCACCAACUAGAGCAACAGCUGUAAGCAAUCAACUUAAGCAUCAAUUUAUUAUGAGCCGCCACCACGACAAAGUGCCUGGUACUAUCAGCUAUGAAUUGGAGAUAACACCUGUAAAUUCAUUCCCUGAAAAAUAUUCCAAGCAGGAAAAUAUUGCUUCAGGUAUUUCAGCCAAAAGUGCCUCUGAUAACAGCAAAGCAGAGGAGACCCAAGGAAAUGUGGAUGAGGCUUCAUUGAAAGAAUCAUCACCGAGUGAUGACUCCAUCAUUUCACCACUUAGUGAAGACUCCCAAGCUGAAGCAGAGGGUGUGUUUGUGUCCCCAAACAAACCUCGAACAACUGAGGAUUUAUUUGCAGUCAUUCACAGAUCCAAGAGGAAAGUACUGGGAAGAAAAGAUUCCGGGGACAUGUCUGUUCGAAGCAAAUCGAGAGUUCCUCUUGGCAGUAGCAGCAGCAGCGCCAAUUCCAUCACUUCACCCAGCAGCAAUGUGACAACCCCAAACAGCCAGAGGUCUCCUGGUCUCAUAUACCGAAAUGCCAAAAAGUCCAACACAUCCAAUGAAGAGUUUAAGCUGUUACUGCUCAAGAAAGGCAGCCGCUCAGAUUCCAGUUACCGCAUGUCUGCCACUGAGAUCCUGAAGAGUCCCAUCCUGCCCAAACCUCCUGGGGAGCUCACAACAGAGUCCCCUCAGAGCACUGAUGAUGCCCAUCAGGGGUCACAAGGGACUGAAGCAUUGUCCCCACUCUCUCCAUGCUCCCCACGAGUUAAUGCAGAAGGCUUUUCCUCGAAGAGCUUUGCCACCUCAGCAUCAGCAAGGGUUGGACGUUCUCGGGCCCCUCCUGCAGCCAGCAGCAGUCGCUACAGUGUCCGCUGCCGGCUGUACAACACGCCCAUGCAGGCGAUCUCUGAGGGAGAGACGGAAAAUUCUGAUGGAAGCCCACAUGACGACCGUUCCUCCCAGAGUUCAACAUAGAGUGCCUGUACCAGGCUGCCUGGCAAAGGCCAAAACCCUUACUCACAUGUGGAUGAAGGAACAGAAUAGAGGACUUGGGAAAAGUCUCAACUUAAUGGGGUAGCAUCACUGCUAAGCAAUGAAUGAAUUUCUAAAUACAGUAUGUGCUGGGUAAACAGAAAGUGGUUUAGACAUUCUUGAUUAGUUUCCAUGUUUUAAGUAGCUGCAGUCUUUCAUGUUUUUCUUUAGCAUAGUUUGAUUUACGCAAUCUCCUUCCUUGCAAAAAUAGAGGAUACAAAAAUGUCUAAUUUUCAUGACACCUAGAAAACGUUUUCCCAGAGCUGCCUAUUCAGAAAAUAAAGCCCUCACUGUCAUUAUUCUUUAAGAAGAUGAAAUUACUCUGGAGGUUUGGUAUUUUUUUACAUUAAACUAAAGCAAAAUUUAGAAGAAAGAACUACACAUAUGUAAAUACCAUAUUUUUGAUAAAAAUGUGUAAAUAGAUUUAUCAAUGAUGAGUGGACAUGUGGUCAAUUAUCUACUGCACACCAACUGUUUAUAGAAUACACAAAAAUAAAAUGUAAUAACUGUAUUCUGUGAAUACCAUUUUCAUAUCAAAUGCCAUAUUUAAAUGUCCACCAAUAUGAUUUCUGAGUGGUAAACCUCAAAUAUGAAUUUUAAACUGGUGAACUAAAGGAAAUCUUGAGGUCAUAUACUGAAAUAUGAAUAAUUUAAAAUAAUGAAUUCAGAUCUAAUCAUGUUUGUGACAAAUUGCAGCACCAAACAAGCUAAUAGCAACCCAUGGCUGUGAUUUGUUGUGUGGUAAUUUGGACAGAAUGAAAAGCAUGCUUUUGAUUUUUUUUUUUUAAUCAAUGAGAGAAGUCAUCAUUCUCAACACAAAGCCCUGAACAACAGCAUCUGACAGUGUCCCUUAGAUUUUAAUUUUUUCAAUGGAUUGCUUUAAAGAGAAUGAGUAGGGAAAACAGUAGUUAAUUUUAGGUUAUGUUUUAUAUUAGGCUACUGGGGACAUAAACAGUCAUAACUAAUGACUAUAAUCGUUAAACUCCUUAAAGAGUUUAGAAAUUAGCUCCACGUUCUUAAACUAACAAAAAUAAAACCUAAGCAUGCCACAGAGCUAUUGAUUAAUCAGUAAGUACCUGUAAUGAGUUUUCAGUGAAGCUUUCUCUCUGUGCUGAUGAGAUUCAUGCUACCUAAAAAUUAACAGAAAUGACACUGUGAACAAUGUAGUUGGAAAAUAGGUAUGUGUAUAUGCAUUAUUUAUAUUCAUUGUUAAACUGGGAAUGGGGAACAGCUCUGGUUCACAAUACUACAUACAACUGAGUUUUUGUCUGGUUUUACUAUAGUGUCUGCUUGAUGGCAAAAGGGGAGGGUGGUGGGUGGGAGAGGAAAUGUCAGGGCAGGUGCUCUGAUAAAAUAAAGGCAGGGAAACAAGCUGAAUUACUUGAAAUUACUUGAAUUUUCUUGUCUUAAAACUGAAAAAAAUGUAGUUACAAGUUAAAAUCUGCAAAUGGUUUUUACACCUCUGAUUUUAACAUGAACUGAUACUAAUGUUUGGAAUCUUGUGUCAGAAAUACAAGCAGCUAGAAUAGGUUUUGAAUGGGAGAGGUAGAACGUAGAGAGAAUUAAGAAGGGAUCUGACUUAUAAAAGACUAGAAUGUGAUUAGAAUGAUAGAACAUACCAAGGUUACCAAGAAAUUGACAAGCUGCUGGCUUUAAGCUUAUGCAAGUGGUAGUUGGGAAAGUAGGAGGUGUGGAAGGGGGUUUGCGUUUCGGAAUAAUUCAUGCAAAAUGAAGGAGGAAGCCUGGUCUAAGAAGAUACUGUCUUUCAAUAGAAAUGAUUUCUAAACUGCUACAGACUAAGAAUGGAUAAUCUGAUUGCUGUUGUUUUGUUUGUUUGGAAAGAAAAAAUAAUGUCUGGCUUCUUCUACUAUUUGUUUUCACUAACAAACUGUGUUACUAAAUUUCUUGUCAUCCUUGUAUGUAAAAUGGGUGCUGGGGGUGGAGGGGUAUAAGAGGAGGGAGAGUCAGAGAGAGUGUGUAUGUGUGUGUGCGAGUGUGAGUGUGUGUGUGCACACACACACACUGGGGAUAGAUAAGCUACCUGGUAAAGGGUUUGAACAUUUACAAAGUGUUACACUUUUUCUUAAAAGAAAAAUGUUUUAGGGUUUGAAUAAAAUGGACCAUCAUUUCUCAUUGGAACCCAUUAAUUAAGAAAACCAGCAUGAUUUGACACCACAUGGGAAUAUGAAUAAAUCUGUCUCAUGAUUUGAAAAGUACACUUUGCAAAGUUUUAAAAAUAAAAUUUUUAGGCAAAUGCGAUAAGAAACCAUCAUUUCCAGUCACAGUAGGUGAUCUUUUGUAAUUUCAUAAAAGCAGUUCGUUUGCAGUAUGGCUUUUGUGUAGUUAGGGGUUUUUUAAGCGUGAAGAAAGGUAUGUGGGCUUUAAAAGUGAUUCUAAAUCUUGAAUAGAAAAUACAUGAAUUGGCUUUAAUAAAAAUGUCACCUUUUUAUUAUUGACAUUAAUUUAAGUAAUGGUACCAUAUAUUUUUUAAAAUACAUAUUGACUUGAAUUGUGAGGCAAUAAGAUACCUUCUAUAUGUAAUGAUCACAGAACUAACCCUUAUAAUAUAGUUUUACUUAUUUUGUUUACUCUAAAAAUCUAUAACAGAGUUUCUCUAUUUUAUAUUUCAUAGAUUUAAAAAAGCCCAAAUAAAGAUGGAUUUAAAAAUUCACUGUGGAAAAGAGUAUUGAGUUACAAACUGAGAAGAAAAAGCAGGAAGUUCCUUAAUAAUCUGGAAUAUUCUACAUGACUUGAUUACAUAGCAAACAAGACCAAGAUUUAGGGCUGUCUUUAACAUCACUGCCGUCUUGAAGCAGGGUACACACGUUAGGUAUUGUGAAGAACAUCAAUCCGAACUUUUCUUCUGUUGUUUGCACUGAUGCGAUUUUUUGUUCUUUUAUGUUUAUACAACGUAUCUAUGUUGUGUAGGGGAAUUUUUUUUCAUUUUUAAAAAAUUCUACUUUGAUUUUGUUGUUGUUGUUUUGUUUUUGGCUAAGUAGAGGACAUGGACUAGUUGUAGCAAACAAAACAUGCUGUUUGCUCUUGCCAAAGGUCAGUGAGUGAGUACAUUUGCUGCAGUGGUGGCACGUAGAGAACUAGAUGGUAAUAAAGAUUUAAAACUAUGAAGAAGGUUACAGUGUAACUAUUUUGGUACUAGAACCAGUUCAUGCUGGCCGAAACGACAAUGGUUUAUGGACUUGCAUCCAUUUUGUAUUUUUGUAAUAUUUGUAAAUAUGAACUUUUUAAAUUGCUGCAAAGAUGGUUUCUUUUGUAAGAUGUUUUCAACGUUUACAUUCAAUCCAAGCCUUUGUAUAUUUUAGAGCUGUGCAACACUUUAAGUCUUGUAUUUAUUUUUAGUAAAAACGGUGACAGUUUCAUUGUGAACCCCUCUCAAAAAAAUGUAUCAGAAAAGUUUGAUUACCUAGAAAGUGUGUAUAGAAACUGCAAAUAAACGUGACUGCAAUUAAA